GCCGGCGGCUGCUGCUCCUGCCGCUGCCGCCCGAGCGAGCCCCGUGUCUCCCGUCGCGUGGCUGAGCUCCACCAAACAUGUCGGCUCCUGUCGGGCCGCGGAGCGGCCCUGCUCCUCCUCAGCCUCCUCCACCUCAGGCCCCGCAGUCGGAGAUGCCCGACCUCAGCCACCUCACGGAGGAAGAGAGGAAGAUCAUCCUGGCCGUCAUGGAGCGGCAGAAGAAGGAGGAAGAGAAGGAGCAGUCCGUGCUCAAGGUCAAAGAAGAACAAAAACCACAACCAACACAGUGGUUUCCCUUUAGUGGGAUCACUGAGCUGGUAAAUAACGUUCUUCAGCCACAGCAAAAACAACAAAAUGAAAAGGAGCCCCAGACGAAAUUGCAUCAACAAUUUGAAAUGUAUAAGGAGCAGGUGAAGAAGAUGGGUGAAGAAUCACAGCAGCAGCAGGAGCAGAAGAGCGAUGCCCCCACCUGUGGUAUCUGCCACAAAACAAAAUUUGCUGAUGGCUGUGGCCAUAACUGUUCAUAUUGCCAAACUAAAUUCUGUGCUCGUUGCGGAGGAAGAGUGUCUUUACGCUCAAAUAAGGUAAUGUGGGUAUGUAACUUGUGCCGAAAACAACAAGAAAUCCUCACAAAAUCAGGAGCCUGGUUCUACAACAGUGGAUCAAAUACACCACAGCAGCCUGAUCAAGAACGUAUUAGAGGGUUGCGGAACGAGGAAGCACCUCAGGAGAAAAAAGCAAAGCUGCAGGAACAGUCCCAGUACCAAGGACCCUCAGGUGACGUAUCAACACCAGCUUUGGACAAAAGUAGAUCUCAAGUGCUCACAAGACAAGACUCAAUUAAAAAUGGUUCAGGAGUGAAGCACCAGGUUGCAAGUGACACAACUUCAGACAGGAAAAGAAGCCCAUCAGUAUCGAGAGAUCAGAAUAGAAGAUACGACCAAAGGGACGAGAGAGACGAAUAUUCACAGUAUGCUACAUCAGACAGUGCAAUGCCAAGGUCACCAUCAGAUUAUACAGAUAGGCGAUCACAGCGUGGGUCUCAGCUGUACGAAGAACCUGAACUUGGUGACUACAGAGAUUCUAACAGAAGAAGUCGCAGACGUUCCAAAGAGUAUUCUGUAGAGGAAGAUGAGGUGCAGAACAGAGAGGAAUAUGAGAGGCAGAGGCGAGAAGAGGAGUACCAGGCACGAUACCGAAGUGAUCCUAAUUUGGCUCGUUAUCCUGUCAAACCACAACCAUAUGAGGAACAAAUGCGUAUCCAUGCUGAAGUAUCCCGAGCACGCCAUGAACGAAGACACAGUGAUGUCUCGUUGGCAAACACUGAACUGGAGGAGUCCCGGAUAUCUAUGCUGAGGAUGGAACGACCGUCAAGGCAAAGAUCUAUAUCUGAGCGCAGAGCUGCCAUGGAAAACCAACGUUCAUAUUCUGUGGAAAGAACUCGAGAGGCUCAGGGACCAAGUCCCAACCGUCCGAGAACAACAAAUCAUAGCCCUCCAACACCUAGGAGGAGUCCAAUUCCUCUCGAUAGGCCAGACAUGAGGCGCACUGAUUCAUUAAGGAAACAGCACCAUUUGGAUCCCAGUUCUGCUGUACGGAAAACAAAACGUGAAAAAAUGGAAACCAUGUUAAGGAAUGAUUCACUCAGCUCAGAUCAAUCUGAGUCAGUCAGACCUCCACCACCAAAGCCACACAAAACAAAAAAGGGAGGUAAAAUGCGUCAGGUUUCAUUGAGCAGCUCAGAAGAAGAAUUGGCUUCUACUCCAGAAUAUACCAGCUGUGAUGAUGUAGAGAUUGAAAGUGAAAGUGUUAGUGAAAAAGGGGACAGUCAAAGGGGAAAAAGAAAAACUAGUGAGCAGGCAGUUUUGUCGGAUUCUAACACCUUAUCUGAGAGACAAAAGAAAAUGGUGUGCUUUGGCGGCCACUCUUUGGAAGAGGACUUGGAAUGGUCUGAGCCUCAAGUUAAAGACUCUGGGGUAGAUACGUGUAGUAGCACAACUCUAAAUGAGGAGCAUAGCCAUAGCGAGAAGCAUCCUGUGACCUGGCAACCUUCCAAAGAUGGAGACCGUCUAAUUGGACGGAUUUUAUUAAAUAAACGACUAAAAGAUGGAAGCGUGCCUAGAGAUUCGGGAGCAGUGCUUGGACUGAAGGUUGUAGGAGGAAAGAUGACUGAAACUGGUCGGCUGUGUGCAUUUAUCACCAAAGUAAAAAAAGGAAGUUUAGCUGAUACAGUGGGACAUCUUAGACCAGGCGAUGAAGUGUUAGAAUGGAAUGGAAGGCUAUUGCAAGGAGCCACCUUUGAGGAGGUAUAUAACAUCAUUUUAGAAUCCAAGCCUGAGCCACAAGUGGAGCUUGUCGUUUCAAGGCCGAUUGGGGAUAUUCCCAGAAUACCUGACAGUACACAUGCACAACUGGAGUCCAGUUCUAGUUCAUUUGAAUCUCAAAAAAUGGACCGACCAUCUAUUUCAGUGACUUCUCCCAUGAGUCCUGGCAUGUUGAGGGAUGUUCCACAGUUCUUGUCUGGACAACUUUCAAGCCAAAGCCUUAGUAGAAGAACAACGCCUUUUGUUCCUAGGGUUCAGAUAAAGCUGUGGUAUGACAAGGUUGGUCAUCAGUUGAUAGUCACAAUAUUGGGAGCAAAGGAUCUUCCUUCAAGGGAAGAUGGGAGGCCAAGGAAUCCUUAUGUUAAAAUUUACUUUCUUCCAGACAGAAGUGAUAAAAACAAAAGAAGAACAAAAACAGUAAAGAAAACAUUGGAACCCAAAUGGAACCAAACAUUCAUUUAUUCUCCGGUUCAUCGGAGAGAAUUUCGAGAACGAAUGUUGGAGAUUACUCUUUGGGACCAAGCACGAGUUCGUGAGGAAGAAAGUGAAUUUUUAGGAGAGAUUCUUAUUGAGCUAGAGACAGCACUAUUAGACGAUGAACCUCACUGGUACAAACUUCAGACACAUGAUGUUUCCUCAUUGCCACUUCCCCAUCCCUCGCCAUAUUUGCCACGCAGACAGCUACAUGGUGAAAGCCCUACACGGCGGUUACAAAAUAAAGGCUUAUAUUCAUAUAAUUCAGGGUCCAAAAGAAUCAGUGAUAGUGAAGUCUCUGACUAUGACUGUGAUGAUGGAAUUGGUGUAGUUUCAGAUUACCGACAUAAUGGAAGAGAUCUUCAGAGUUCAACGUUAUCAGUGCCAGAACAAGUGAUGUCAUCCAAUCACUGCUCUCGGUCAGGGUCCCCUCACCGUACAGAUAGUAUAGGACGGACUAGAUCUUGGUCUCCCAGUGUCCCUCCUCCACAAAGUAGGAAUGUGGAACAGGGACCCCGAGGGACUCGAUCUACUGCUGCACAUUAUAAUACCAUGAACCGAAUGGAUAGACAUCGUGCAAUAGAUGACCACUACUCCCUAGACAGAGAGAGUCAUUGUCUCACACUACCUCGCUCUCGAUAUACUCAGUCCUUUGACCACCACCACAGAGAUGCCAGCAAGGAUCACAAAAUGUAUCCUCUCUUUUGUGAAGAUGCAAUCAGAUUACUCCGUUCCCGUAAGAUGUGUCGUACUUAUUCUGAGGGUGCUUACUGUGAUCUUGAGAGGAGGACUAGGCAGGAGAGAAGAGUGCCUAAUACAUAUUAUGACGACACUACCCAUACUCCUGAAAGGUGGUACAAUGGUGCAAGUUCAUGGGCAGAUCAUGUAGUCAAUGGUUCAGCUGAAAACUAUGGCAGAGUUCCUAUAGAUAGUAGAAGAACAGCAUAUCCAAGGAUUGAAAUCCAGCAACCUUCCACGGACACUGACAGAAGCGAGACAGUGGAUGUUUUGGCUGAUCAAGCUUCCCAUUCAGAAACAGAAUUGAUAGAGCCAGAAGAAGACAUGAGGAAUUGUGAAGCACCAGAUAGACAGCCAUAUCAAAGAUCCAGAUCAACAGAACAGCGUCCUGUGCUAGAGCGGACCAACUCCCGCUCCCGAUCCACAGAGCGUCCUGACUCAAACCUCAUGAGGUCGAUGCCUUCAUUAAUGACUGGAAGAUCUGCCCCUCCUUCACCUGCCUUAUCGAGGUCACAUCCUCGAACUGGGUCUGUCCAUACAAGCCCAUCAAGUACUCCAGUAGCAGGACGAAGGGGCAGGCAGUUACCGCAGCUCCCACCAAAGGGGACAUUGGAAAGAAAAGGAGAUGAAGAAAACAAGCAUUUUGGAGAGCAGGGGUCAGAGGUUGAGGCAGAAGAAAAGAAAGCAGAUCCAGAGAAUGGGAAUGCAGGUGGUAUGGAUGUAGAAGAAAGAAAUCGUCAAAUGAAAAUAAGCAAGUACAAACAGGCAGCAGGAUCAGACUCCAGGCUGGAGCAAGAUUAUCAUUCUAAGCAUCGGUCAGGACGGGAUCCUCAGCGAGGCUCAGACAAUAUUUCCAAUAAAUCUUCAGACAGUGAUGUCAGUGAUGUGUCAGCUGUAUCAAGGACAAGCAGCGCUUCUCGUUUCAGCAGCACAAGCUACAUGUCUGUCCAAUCAGAACGACUGAGAGGGAACAAGAAAAUAAGAAGGUCAAGGGAUAUAGAGGGAAAAAAAGAGGGGGGACAGGAAGGGGAUGAGCAUGAGGAGAUAUUUCCUGAGGAGGAGGAGGAGGAGCAGGAGCUUGAGGAAAAAGUGAAGCAAGAACAAGUUAAUGAAAAGGGGGAAGAGCAAGAGGUGACAGAAAACUGUGAUAAGGAGGAAAGCAAAGAAUCAGGAGAUGAUGAAAAGAUCCAUGAUGAUCAAACUGAGGAAGGGAAAGAGAAAAAACAGAGAAAAAAAGAGGAUUUACAAAGGCGAUUCUCACAAGAUGAUGUCAGUGUCUUUACAUCCAAAAUGCAAAGCAGACAGAUGGGCGCCUCAGGAAAGAACAUGACUAAGAGCACCAGCAUCGGCGGGGACAUGUACACGCUGGAGAAGAAUGAUGGCAGCCAGUCUGACACAGCAGUGGGCACUGUGGGCACUAGUGGCAAAAAACGACGCUCCAGCAUCGGCGCAAAGAUGGUAGCGAUUGUGGGUCUGUCACGAAAAAGCCGCAGCACUUCUCAACUCAGCCAAACUGAAGCUGGUGGUAAGAAGCUGCGGAGCACUGUCCAGAGAAGCACAGAGACUGGGCUGGCUGUGGAAAUGAGAAACUGGAUGACACGUCAGGCCAGCCGGGAAUCUACAGAUGGCAGCAUGAACAGCUACAGUUCUGAGGGAAAUCUGAUCUUCCCAGGUGUGCGGUUGGCCUCUGACAGCCAAUUCAGUGAUUUUCUAGAUGGACUUGGCCCUGCCCAGCUAGUAGGACGCCAAACGCUGGCGACACCAUCUAUGGGUGAUAUCCAGGUAGGAAUGAUGGACAAAAAAGGACAGUUGGAGGUAGAAAUAAUACGAGCUCGUGGCCUUGUUGUAAAACCAGGUUCAAAGACACUGCCAGCACCAUAUGUAAAGGUGUAUCUAUUAGAAAAUGGAGCCUGCAUAGCCAAAAAGAAAACAAAGGUAGCAAGAAAAACGCUUGAACCUCUUUAUCAGCAACUUUUGUCAUUUGAAGACAGCCCCCAAGGAAAAGUUUUACAGAUAAUUGUUUGGGGUGACUAUGGACGUAUGGAUCACAAAUCUUUUAUGGGAGUGGCACAGAUACUUUUAGAUGAACUGGACUUGUCAAAUAUGGUGAUUGGAUGGUUCAAACUUUUCCCCCCUUCCUCCUUAGUAGAUCCAACUUUGGCUCCUCUGACUAGAAGAGCUUCCCAGUCAUCUCUUGAAAGUUCAACAGGACCUUCUUAUGCUCGCUCAUAGCAGCUGUGAAACUGUUGUCAUAGCAACCAGCGUUACAAAAAAAAAUUACAGGUCGCAAACCCUGGUAACACUGCAUGCUUAAUGUUGUGUCUUCUGAGCCUGUUUCUAGGGCUACCAAGCGAUCCUGUGUUCUCAGAGGAAGUUGCACACAUUGUGCACUAAGGAAGGCCCUCAGGUGAAAGAGUGGAGCUGUAAAGAACUAACAGGUUUGGAGAUCAGUGACACUUAAAUUUUGGUCCAAUCUGAAGCCAUGGAUUAAACUAAAAGAAUCAAUGUGUUUCAUGCAACAAAAGUCCUUUUCAAUGGCAUAUCUAUUUUGUUGCUCCCUUUUAAUUGCUCCUACCCCAAGCCUGGUUAUGCCACAGAAAUGGAGCUACACCCCUCCCCUAUGAAGCCAUGUUACAAGUCAGUGGAAUAGUAGACAUCAGAAGAACAACAGAAGAAUGUAAGACCAUCGAAAAAGAAAAGUCAGCUGUCAUAUGGAACAAAGACCAGAGAAAACUCUUCGUACUAGAAUGCUUUAAAAGUUAUAGUGGCAGGCUUCAUAACUCCAGCUAUCGCUACAGUGAAACCCCAGAUAUGAUGGAGUCUCUGAAAAAUAAAAUUCUUUGGAUAUACUGUACUGUAUGAAAUUAAAGAAACUUUUUUGCAUGGACACAGAUUUAGCUGAACACUUAAAUUAUUUUCUUGGGGCUGCAACUUGCAAAAAAAGAAUAAAUCAGCCAUUUUCAACAAUUUAUAUUAUUUUUAAAAGUAAAUUUCACUAGUGCAUGGUUUUAAAGGGGAGAGAAUGCAACAGGGUGAUACAAAGACACCAUGUUUAUCAUUCUUUAAACCAAUCAUGAUCUGUGUUUUUGCAGACAUAUAUUAAAAAUAAAAGAUAAUUUCUAGCUAAUAUUUAAAAUUCUGUUUAUGUGACAAGAAAUAAGUGUAAUAUAUUAAAUUUAUUUAAAUGUAAAAGGUACAAGCCUUGUAAAGUUCAACAUUAUGUGCAAAUUGUACACUUCUUCCUCCUUUCUCUCUCUUCUGAAUCUUCCUUUGGCUCUUUUUCUCCCUCUUAUUUUCCAGGAUGAUCCAUUAUAGCCUAAAACUGCUACCUUUUGACUUAUUACUUUCUUAUGCCCCAUAUUUGGUUCAGAGUUGCAGAUUGUUUUGCAUUUCUGAAUUCUUGGUCAAAAAUAUUGUUUAAGAGCUUACUUUUUUCAAGCAUGUUGAAAAGGAUUUUGCAACAUGGCUUGGGAUUCAUUAAAGUAAUUCAGCAUGUAUUUGAUAAAGAAGAUAUUUGAACUUUUUGCAAUUAAUUGUACAGUGCAUGGUAACUUAUUUUCAUUUUUUUCUCACCUGCAAAUUGAAUUCUACAGCAAAAAUACUGGAAUCAUGUGGCCAUUGUAAUAUGUCUUCAAUAAAUUUGUUUUCAGCACCAGCAUCAUUCAUUCAAGGGUUGAAUUAUAAUUUCUUGAAGGUUUUGGAGAGAGAAAAAAAAUGAACCAAAUGUUUGAUUUUUAGGAACUAAAUUUCAGCAGUUUCAUUUGCACUGAGACAAACAAAUUGCUACAUAUUUGGAGUCAUGAUAACCAACAAAGAUUAUUAAUUCUUCAUAACUCUUCUGCUGUAAAGUUCAGUUUUUCAUGGUCUAUAUUUGUGAUGGUAACAAUGUAAUUAGUGAACAUCGGUCUGCCAUAAAAAUGUCAGACUUUGAUUUGUAGUUGCCUUAAAGAAAGUAGAUGUACCAUCGAACAGUUAUUUGACACCAUCAUCACAAGCCUAAAUGCAAAGUCAACAGAUUAUAAAAUAUCUGUCUCCAUGUAGUAGGCAUUUAUUACCAUUGGGUGGGGCUGCAAGUCUAGAUUGCGCAUUCACUUCUCAUAUUUAAAGGGAAGGUAACUGGCUAACAUUUAAUGAUAAACUUUCUCUUUUUUUCUUGGUCUUUAUAUGCCUUUAAUACAUAAUUAUUAUUUAAUGGUGAAAACUUGCAAUAAUUUUAGAAAUACACAUUGCAUUUAACUUUAAAUUAAGGCCAUGCACACAGAAUUAUUCUGAUUUUGUUUGAAAAUCUAUUAAUGGUGCCCAUCAGAAAACUGUCCAUGUUUCAUAAAAGUAACAACAGUAUCACUUUAUAUGCCUUUUCCUUUAUGUGGUGCAAUAUGAUACACAUCAAGACUGUGUCUUGUCAUUCUGAGAUUAUAUGAUGGAUGAAUGUUAAGUUAAUGAACAGACCGGUAAAACUAUGUUUAUUGAAAUAAUUUAGACACCUGUGUACCAGCAACAAAUAAAUGCUAAAGACAUACAGUCUACGAUAUCCCCCAGAAUUAAAAAAAGUACAAAACUGUUUUCCUAAUACUAUCAGAUGCAGUCACACAUUCUUUUAUGCAUAUGCCUCUAUAAAUUAUUUCUAAUUUUGAAAAGGAGGAUAUGACCAUAUGGAAGGAUUGUACAUACUUGCAUUAUGCAGUAUUUAUUUUAAAAUUUAAUGUAAUUUUUUUAAUUGUCACACAUCUGCAACUCUACUUAUGAUUUAGUCAUGUAAAUAGCACUAUUCCAGUGAUCACUGCUGUCUUGUACAUAGUACGUUUUAAAAGUUAAAGGGAAUUACAGUUGGGGAAAAAAGGGCAGAUUAGGCCUGUAAUGAACACCAACUAAUGUAAAUCAAAUUCAUUCUGGUGAUGGUAUUUAACACUUUAAAUAAAACAUUUUCUUU